AAAUCCCUCCCCCUUUCCCAUCAGAUUUAUCCGCUCCGCAUACUGUGUGGACUGUGCCUUAUUAUAUUCUGAAAACUGUCGCUGCUAGUUGGGGUUGGUGUUUAUUCCAUGACUGGUUUUCAUGUGCAUGGAUGGAUGCACUUGCCGGUGGCUAGGCAUCUUUCCUGUAUAUGAAUUGGAUCAUCUUUAACGUAUUUGUGGUUCAAGUUUUUUUCAUAAAUGUUUUCUUAGUUGGAUCUGUUAGUGUCCACAUGUUAUGUUGUAUCUGAAAAACUUCACCAGAUAGCUUGUUGACAAAGAUGGAUCCUUGUAUCACAUUCUUUUAGAAUGAUGCUAUAUGUAGGUGUUUGAAUGAACUAGAGCUAAUAGUUAACUAUUAAAAUUAGUUGAAAACAUUCAAAUAAUUUAACUAAUAGUUUAGCUAUUAGCUACUUUUAGCAAAUUAGCUAAUCCUUAGCUAGCUAUUUGUUAGCUAGCUAAUUACACUAGUAAUUUUUUGCCAACUAAGGCCCGUUUGGUUUGGUUUGGUUUGCGGUGACUAAACUUUAAUCAUUUUUAGUCCAUAAAGAAGCAAAUAUGGUGACUAUUGUGGGGUAACUAAACUUAAAUUCUUUAGUCACCAAGAGAGUGACUAAAAGGGACUAAAGUAGGAUUUUUACCUCAUUUGCCCUCUCCUCUUUCUUAGUGCAGCAGGCAUCACUAAUUAAUAAGAGUAAUGCAGUCAUUAUUCACGUCAAUUAAUGUUUUUAGUCAGGUUUAGUCACUGAAACCAAACAGAGUACUUUAGUGACUAAACUUUAGCCACCAAAGUUUAGUCAGGUGAAUAUAGGAACCAAAUAUGUUCUAACUAUUAGUUCUAGUUUAUUUAAACAGCACUGAGUAUCCAUCUCACGUGAACUUUGCUGCCCGGAGGAAACUGAUGCAUUGUCUACCAAACGUAGAGACUAGUAGAGAAAUAAGUAACAAUAGUCACAACUAAAGGGUACGGCUGGUUUUUUUUCAGUUGGGUGGAAGAUAUGUAUAACAAUAGCUAUAGGUAUGGGAAAUAGAAUAGAAUCAAAUUAAGCAGUGGCAAAAGAACAAAUUUAGGAUUUUUUUACUUUAUUCUUUUUUUUGGUACUGCCAAUUCACUUUAUUCUUUCUUCAUUUGACGUUGAGUUAUGCCAAUUAGGAUUUGUUUUAGCCGAAUGGACAGGUGCUCUGCUGCUUCAUCAAGUAAUAUUUACAGGAGGCUAAAGCAAUAUUUACAGGAGGUUAACAAUUAGGGUUUUGGUUGUGGCAACUGACAAGUAAGCAACAAAAAUUGCAGCCGGGCUCUAUUCAUCUUACUUGAAAAUGGAUUCAGAUUAGUAGCUCGCAUGUAAGACUUUUAUGCCUUAUGCCAAACUGCUCGGACAGAUUAAGAAAUCUAGCUCAGAAUAACCUGUGCCAUAACUUCUCGCUACUAUUUUCAGUUGAGUUGGUUAGCCGCCUUGAAGAGUUGGUAAGUGGAGUUGGCCACCUUCCGGAGCAUCGCCCGAGAUGCUAUCGGGCGAGUCGGAAUUGCGCUGCUUGUCCGAGGUUGGCCUCGGGCGAGCCGUGACCGCGUCUCCCGCCCGAGGAUGGCCUCGGGCGAGUGGUGAUUGCGUGUUCCCCCCGGGGUUGGCCUCAGGCGAGUCGUGACUGCGUCUCCUGCCCGAGAUUGGCCUCGGGCGAUUCGUGAAUGCAUCUCCUGCCCCGAGCGUUGGCCUUGGUCGAGUCGUGACUUAGGUCUCUCGUGCCUUGGUAAGGUUGGUCCCACUCGAGGGCUCGACCCCCUUGGGGCAUCUCAUUGAGUCCUUCCUUAUUCGAUCCUUUAUUGGCCCUUUGGUUGGUCUCGCCGACCAAAGAGGGGCCCGUGGCCACCCCGUCUGCCCGGUUACCGCAGGAGAAUGUGAGGUACGACCUUUAACAUGGGCACGAGCAAAUGACCUAUAUGCCGGUCACCUAGCUUGCGGCUCACCGGAAGCCUGCUCGGUCCACCCCUCGCUCUACGUGAGAAGUUGGAGGUGAGUUUUGUUUUUUUACCUGGUCGAUAUGAGGUAGUUACUGUGGCGGCGCGGUAAAAGAUGUGACCGUCAUGACAUCGUUCGACGUGGGUGGCUUUAUGGGACGCGAGAUAUGAGGUAGUUACUGUGACGGCGCGGUAAAAGAUGUGACCAUCAUGACAUCCUUCGACGUGGGUGGCUUUAUGGGACGCGAAACGACUCGUUCACCAUACCGUGCGCAGGUGGCGUGAUGGGGUCGGUGCAGCGACCACCUACUUCUCUUCUUCGAGACGCGCAACAGCGACGACAAGUCACUCUGGCUCGGGCCACAAACGGGAGGAAGCGAGGAGUUAGAGGAGGGAACACGGUGGAGAAUGGAAGUCGACGAGAAGGGGAAGGGAUGCCACCUGGGCAGUAGGGGCACGCGCCUCCCUCGGCGUGACGACGGAUGCCACAAUGGAUAGUGUCGCUCGACGAUGGGGAUGGCGUCGGCGUCACUAGGGCCGGGGCAGGCGUAGACGACCCGCUGUGUCUGCAGGGGUGAGGGGGAGGGGCUCUUCGUGACAGGCAUUAUGGGGGUGCGUGGCGGAUGAGGGCGGGCAGCAUGGAGAUCUAAGAGGUAGGAGAGUGGGAGAGACGAUCAUACGAACGUGGGGUGGACGAGACGAUCAUACGGUCAUGGUAACGUGGGGUGGACGAGACGAUCAUACGGUCAUGGUAGCGUGGGGGCGUAGUCAUGUAUCACCAGACAACCUCUAGGCCACAGCAGAGGCCAUCUACCCGACAACCUCACCAGAUCCACGCGGUCUUAUUACCUGACCUGCCUGUCUCGCCGAUCGCGAGUACACGACGCCGCGCCCGCGGAAUCCAUCUUCUCCAUCUCCAACUGUGCUACUGUAGGAGCUGCUGCAAUCGGGGAGAGAAACGCGACCAGUUUGCCGGCACCAACACGGCCUGCUGCCACAUCUCCGGCAUCUUCUUCCGUUGUUCUUUCAGGUGCGCCAAAUAACCCCUCCUCUUUUCUGACUGCUAGUCAGGGUUGGGGACUGAAAACUGUCGCUGUUAGUUGGGGUUGGGGACUCUUUCAGGUGCGCCAAAUAACAUCUCCGGCAAGGAUCGGUCCGGCCUACUUUCUUCUAGUUGCUAUGCUGCAGCAAGCAACUGGACGAUGAUGGCUUCCAGGCAGUCAGAGAACAAUGCACAAGAAGAAACAUCACCAUUGACGACUCCUAACGCCAACAUAGCCAGGAUCAUCCCUUCGCUGCCCCUCGAGACCAGGUGGCCACCGUUCCCUCUCCGACGGUACGCCAAUUUUUGGCUGCCUGAGGUAACAUUGAAGGAAGGCGUCCCCGGCGUUCAUUCCUGCUUCGAGCCGAGACCCACCGACGUGUUCCUCGCAAGCUUCCCCAAGUCUGGCACCACCUGGCUCAAGGCCCUCGCCUUCGCGACGCUGAAGCGUUCCACGCAUCCGCCGUUCGACGACGACCAUCCGCUGCGCCAUUGCAACCCUCAUGACUGUGUCAGGUUCCUCGAACUUGGUUUCAACCAGCAGAAGGAUGAGCUCGAGGCGCUCCCGUCCCCGCGUGUGCUGGCCACGCACCUCCCCUACUCCCUGCUGCCCGGCAGCAUCACCGGGGACGGAGAGCACUCGGGGUGCCGCAUCGUGUACGUCUGCCGGGAACCCAAGGACACGCUGGUCUCCUACUGGCUGUUCACGAGGAAGGCAGCGCCCGCUUGUGGGGUUGACGCCCGGUCGUUCACGAUCCAGGAGGCCUUGGAGCUGUUCUGUGAUGGCCGCUGUCCCGGCGGCCCACAGUGGAACCACGUCCUCCAGUACUGGAAGGAGAGCGUGAGGAGGCCUGACAGGGUGUUGUUCCUUCGUUACGAGGAGGUGCUGAUUGAGCCCGAGGCGCACGUCAGAAAGCUGGCCAAUUUCAUGGGCUGUGGAUUCUCCGAGGAGGAGGAGGAGCGCGGGGUGGUGAGCACCAUCGUGGAGCUGUGUAGCCUGGGCAAGCUGAGGGACAUGGAGGUCAACAGAAAUGGAAGCACUAGGCUUGGGACCAAGAACGAAAGCUUCUUCAGGAAGGGAGUUGCUGGGGACUGGAGCAACCAUAUGACGCCGGAGAUGGCGCAUAGCCUAGACAAGGUCGUUGAGGAUGCAUUGCAAGAGACUGGAUUCACCUUUUCGAGCACAACAUGAUGAGCCACUGCGCUCAUAUAGUAGUUGUGAACUGCAGAAUGUCAAGAUCAAUUCGUUUUAUCGGUAUUGCUGGUUGGAGAUCAUGGGAUCCCGGAGAUCAUACCAGCCAUGGUGAGCAUUCUUCUUUGGUGAUGAAGGGGAAAUUGAUUUGUGACUAUUCAUUUGUAUAACAUUUUUACAAACCAUAGUCUUUGGCACCUUGGCAUGCCAAAAUCAUACGCAUUACUAUGUAAGGUUCGUUUUAAAGCCAUGCAUUAUCACUGAUUAUAUUUGCCUUAAUAAAAUCAUCAUAAACCAUCGAUCA